AUGGCGGACAGCGACAAUGCUUGUAACGGAGAUGUUGUUGAUCUCACCAACCGCGGGCUGCGUAUCGGCUCCAUCUUCAUCGUUAUGGCGGCCGCAACCUUUGGCGCAUUUGCACCCAUCCUCCUCGCUAGACAACAGAAGAUGCAUGUGCCCAAAUUCACAUUCUUUAUCUGCAAAUACGUCGGUACUGGAGUCAUCAUUGCUACUGCCUGGAUGCACCUGUUAGACCCAGCCGUGGAUAAUCUAUCAGACCCCUGCCUUGAGCCGCGACUGGGCGACUAUCCGUGGGCGCUAUGCAUCAGUUUGAUGACGGUCAUGGUCAUGUUUUUCGUUGAGCUUCUUGCUGCAAGAAUCGGGGAGGAUGAAGAUGGACACAGCCACUCGAAAUUACAAGAGAAGGACACACUCGCGGUAGCCUGUCCCCACGACCUCGAGAGGGGUGUCUUGCGGGGGCCGGAUCCUAAGAAUAUUCCUGGCCUUCCCGAUGAUGUGAGCUAUCCACCUGGUGGUGAAGAUCACCUCGCACACGGCCACGAGCAUGAUGACGGCGACUCUCACGGCGGCCUCGCAGGCCAGCUCACCGCCAUCUUUGUCCUCGAGUUUGGUGUUGUCUUUCACAGUGUGUUCAUUGGACUCACUCUCGGUACGACGCAGGAUCUGGUUGUUCUCCUUGUUGUACUUGUUUUCCAUCAGAUGUUUGAGGGCCUCGGUUUGGGGUCUCGGCUAGCAACAGCGCCCUGGCCUAAGAAUAAGCAGUGGAUGCCCUAUCUGCUUGGCUUCAUCUUUGCCAUUUCAACUCCAAUCGGCACGGCGGCCGGUAUAGGGGCAAGACCUAACAACGCCAAUACCCAGAAAUUGGUGAAUGGCAUCUUUGACUCUAUUAGCGCGGGCAUCCUCAUGUACACCGGACUGGUUGAGCUCCUCGCACAUGAGUUCAUGUUCAACCCUCACAUGCGCAAAGCACCAUUGAAGAUUCAGCUCUUUGCUUUUGGAUGUGUGGCUGUUGGAGUUGCAAUCAUGUCUUUGUUGGCAAAAUGGGCGUAA